AUGGCAUCCAAAAGAAAUUCAAUAAAAAGAAGUUCAUUAAUCUUGGACCUCAAAUCAUUAAAAGAUCACCAAGAUUUAGUAAACUUAAUAAAUGAUCCAUUGUCUACAAAAAGCAAUAUCCCUUCUACUCCUCCGCCAAGAAGUCAUAAAAGAAUGAGUUUAUACUUUGAACCACAUGCAGUGCAAAUCAACAACUAUAAUCGUACCAUAUCGCCCACCAGCAAACCAUGUAGCCCAGUAACUAUUACUAGUACCACUACUAGUGAUCAAAGAUCAGCACUAUUUUCUAAUUCAGAAUACGGCAGCAAUAGAAGCAGUAGAUCUUCUCUAUUAUCCAUGUCAUCUUCAAUCCAUGAUUUUUUAUAUUUGGAAUGCGAACUAAAAGAGAAGAAACAUAAUAAUAGACUCAGCAGUACUGUAGCCAUGUUGAAACAUUAUAAUGAUGAUAUGAUAUUGGUAAAUAAGAAUAAUACUACAAAAAAGAAUAUACCUUACGUACAACACGAAAAUGCUGAGGACAAGAGUCAUGUUGAGGAUAAAGAAGAGGAGGAGGAUUUCGAUGUUCUUGCAUACAAUUAUACUCCAGCACCUAUAAAUAAUAAUCAUAGAAAAAAUAAACUAUUUAGAAAGCAAAGAAAUUAUCUAUUUGCGGCAAAUAACUCAACUAGUCCGAAUUCUAUCAACCGUCAUAAAAAAGAAUGUAUUGAUAACGACCUCAUUAAUGACAUAUGGAAAUCUUUAAAUAAAAGAACCCCCGAGUAUAUAGUUGAUGUAGAUUACACUAGAACGCCAUUAGAUUUUUGA